AAAAACAUCAACAAUCCUUCCAGGUUCAGGCUGGGGCGAAGUGUCAGUGUAGUGUAGCAGCUAGGUAGCCAAGCCCCAUUUUCUCUGGUAUCUCGCAGAUUGUGUUUAUUUUAUUUUAUUUUUUUAAUAAAUAGUGUCUGUCGUAGCAUCCCAGAUAUGUCGUUGUUUGGUAAAAUAUUUGGAGGAGGAGGAAAAGGAGGAAAGGGACCGAGCCCGCAGGAGGCGAUCCAGAAACUCCGAGAGACGGAGGAGAUGCUAACGAAGAAACAGGAAUUUCUGGAGAAAAAGAUCGAGCAGGAGCUGCAGAUCGCCAAGAAAAACGGCACGAAAAACAAACGAGCGGCCCUGCAGGCCUUGAAAAGAAAGAAGCGGUAUGAGAAGCAGCUCGCCCAAAUUGACGGCACGCUGUCGACUAUCGAGUUCCAGAGGGAGGCCCUGGAGAACGCCAACACCAACACUGAAGUGCUCAAGAACAUGGGCUUCGCUGCCAAGGCCAUGAAGUCUGCCCAUGAAAACAUGGACAUUGACAAGGUGGACGACCUGAUGCAGGACAUUACGGAGCAGCAGGAGCUGGCCCAGGAAAUUUCUGACGCCAUCUCUAAACCCGUCGGCUUCGGAGAGGAGUUUGAUGAGGACGAGCUGCUGGCAGAGCUGGAUGAGCUGGAACAGGAGGAGCUGGACAAAAACCUGCUGGAGAUCGGGGGACCAGAGAAUGUCCCCCUCCCCAACGUGCCUUCUACUUCAUUACCCUCCAGACCUGCCAAGAAAGAGGAGGACGAGGACGACAUGGAGGACCUGCAGCGCUGGGCGAUGGAAGCCAUGUAAACGCAGCAUCCGCUACAUCAUACCUGCAUCAGAGAGGGGAGAGGAAGGAACAAAGGGCGGAAUGAAUGGACUGAUAGGAUGUUGUGUAUGAGUGUUUUUUGUGUGUCUGAGGAGAGCUGACCGUCAACUUUAUGUAACACUACAAAAAAGCGAAAAUGCUGUAGUCUCUCUUUUUCCAUCCCCCUCACUACCCUAAAUCUAGAGACCCGCCCCCUCAGUGCUCAAUGAAAACGAGCCAAUCGGGGGCUUUUAUAUUGAAGCUCUAUCACUGUACCUUGGCAAAGUAACCCUAAUAUUUUUACCUUCGAUUUUAAUACAGUACUAGCACUUCAUGGUCCCUGGGCUAUUUCAGCACCCACCGAGCUCAUAUUGAAGUGUGAUAUUAUGAGCUCUGUGGCGCGAUGACAGAGCUGUUGGCAGAUUAGUGUUACAAGCUGUGUGGCGUUGUUAGUUAACGUCACUGGAUGACAGUGGGAAUUUUCACGGGAGCUUAAUCCUCAAAUAUCUCUUUCUGACUCACAUAUUUACCCUGUAUUUUGUGGCGUUAAACGCUGGAUUUUUUUUUUUCCUUUUUGACAAAAAUAACAAUCCUUUGCUCUCUGGUUUUUUUUUUUUUUGUUGUUGUUAACUGCUCUUUAAAAUAGGAGAAGAGUUGAGCAUGCGCUGCGCGAAGAAGCUAUGUAUGGAGCUGUGUGUUUGCCAGAAUCCAAACCUCCUCUUUUGUUUCAGGCUGUGUGUUUUGUGCCCCACCACCUACUUGUCGCCAUUUCAGCGACCUCCUCACCUCCAUCCCCACCUCCCACCUCCCUUCAAGGCAUUCUCACCAGUGGUUCUUGUUAUUUGGUGUAAAUAUCCCAAAUGUGUCUCUUUUUAUAUACUGUAUUUCUGCCGUCACUGAGAGGUACCGUUGAGGUUGUGUGAAGCAUGCAACGAUGGGAAGUCACGCUACAGAUCACAACGCACAGCUAGAAAGAGAGAUGUUUAACCUAACACUUUUCAUCCUGCUCUGUCUGUCCCGGUCCUUCUCAUAAAGGGUUUUUGUUUUAAAUUGUAUAAUGUUAAAAAAUAAUGAUGAUAAUAAUAAUAAUAAACUAUUGUCACACCUUAUUAACUACAUCCAGAAGGCGAUGGUGGUUUAUAAAAGAUUAGAUCAUAGUCAAUCCACAGCAUCAGCAUUUUGGAGUUUAAAGAGUUAAUUCCUUUAGUUUUUCAAAGUCAUGAUGUACAUUUUUUUACAUAAAACAAGAGGAAAAAAAACAUAACACAAGGACGGAUGGACAAGCAUGUUUGCAUUUCUAUGUUUUAUUUAUCCAGAUGACAAUAUUAUUUGCAAAAUCAUUAAAGGUUUUCAAGUA